AUGGAGGCCAACACUGGGGAGAUGAGGAGGGAGGAAGCUGGCCGCCGCACCCACCGCCGCCGUGGUGCGAGUUCGAAGUCGACGACACCUCGCAAGAACCUGGGGCUUAUGGGCGUGCGGCAGCGGCACUGGGGCCGGUGGGCGGCGGAGAUCCGCGUGCCCCGCACCCGCGGUAGGCUGUGGAUUGGUACAUUCCGGUGCCCCGAGCAGGCGGCGCUCGCCUACGACGUCGCGCUCUUCUGCUACUACGGAGAUACCCCACCGCGCGAGUUCAACUUCCCCGCCGUGCCGCGCCCCUAUGUCCCCGAGCACCGGCGCGGCAGCCUCACGCCCGCCAAUAUUAAGGCCAUCGCCGAGACGCACGUCCUCGCUCUCUACGGCCACGUCGCUCGGUCGAACGUGCCCGUGCCCAUGCCCGUGCCAGCGGCUAUUGAACCCCUCACUGAUGUGGCCAUGGUGGCCGUCGCCGGCGCAGGUAGUGCAACUAAUAACACCGGUGUCACAACUGCUAUUGACCAUAGUAACAACAACGAGAGUUACAUCGACAUGGAUGACAAUGUGGCUGCAGACGCCCCCCUGCUCUCCAUAGACUUCGAAACCUUCGCAAACAUGGUUGGCCUAUAA